AUGCCCUUUAAUCACAUCAUUUUAAAAAUCUCCCACGGGGAUGAAAGCGCUCGGUUUAGGCGGUCCUUCGCAAAGGGUUGCGCAUCCCAAGGAGUUGCUAUGAUGAGCACGGUGAGAUCAAUGACGGAGAUAUGCUGGCCUUUUCUGAAAGGGAAAGAGCUUCGAUUCCUGUAUAAGGACGACGAGGGUGACGCGUGUGUGCUUUUGGAGGGAACGUGGCAAGAUGCUGUUAUUCUCGCGAGUCGAAUAAACGGGGAGGAAAACGAUGGUGGAGAUGCCCUGAGGCCGAUCCUUAUCAAAAUUGAAGUUAUAGUUGAUGAAGCGUCCACUGCGAAGGAGGAGAGAGGGGUGUCCACUGAAGUUGGCGCUUCUGAGCUCCCCGACAGUGUUCAAGGACGGCCGUCCAAAAAGCCUCGAUACGGGGAGCAGCCCCUUUGGGCCCCUCCUACCAACCCAUCGUCAACUCAAGGGCACUCGGUAACUCUCAGUGAGAGAGUGUUGGGUCGACAACCGGGUUUGAGUUUUCCACUGCCGCCCGGUCCCUCGCAGAGUGGCCCGACUAAGAAUGAGAACAUAUCUGAUGUUCUCGUCACCGAUGCCAUGAGACAGCACAUGCAGACUCCCACCAACGGCGAUUCUUAG